AGCCCGGCGGCGACAGACAGGCUCUCUCGCGACUCUGGCUCCGACAUCGUCGCGUUGGGUGCGAUUGUGCCGCCGGCUUGGAACCAUGCGUUGGCAAGCGCUCGCGCGGAGGCUGCUGCCUCCGCGCUCGGCGGUGGCGGCGGCGGCGGCGGCGGCGGCAACUGCCGCGGUCGCUGUCGCGUACACCGAGCCACGGCUGCGGGCGGCUGAGCCUGACCACAUCUUUGUGAUCAAUGGCUUCUACAUGGCGAUGCGCGAGAAGUACACAAAGCCCGGGGCGUCGAUCCACUACUACCUCGUCGAGUGGGAGCCUUCGGAGCUGGCGUGGUUCGACUUUCGGAUGAACGUGCUCGGCUCGACCGACCCCGCGGCAGCGCAGCCCGGCUCCCUCCGGAACAUCAUCUACUCGGACUGGCGGGCGCUCGGCCUCGCGUCGGAGCCAAACGUCGGCGACAACGGGGUGCACGCGAGCGCGUCUCCCUUCGAGGCGAUGUGCGAGCGGCUGAACUGGGUCGGGAUGCCUCUCGAGGAAGACUCGUUUGGACGCGCGCUGCUGGACGCCGGCAUCCCACGGGUGGCCUUCGAGGGGAAGAAGCAGAGCCUCUUCGACGCGCUCGAGGACAGCGGAUACGCAGAGUGCCUCGCAAAGGCGCAGGCGAUCGCAGGCGUGUCUGGCGCCAUCCCCGAGGGGAAGAUGCAGGCCUUCGUCUUCAUCAAACCGCACGCGGUGACUGGCGCCACCCAGACGCUGGUCGCGCGCAGCCUCGCGGAGGCGGGCGUCAAGAUCUACGCCGAGGGCGAGCUCGACGCUGCUGCCAUCGAGCGGGACAGGCUGAUCGACAACCACUACUACGCCAUCGCAAACAAGGCGUCCCUCACCCAGCCGCGCGACCUCAACCCGCCAGCGGCGAAGCAGGAGGAGUUCCGCCGCAAGUUCGGCAUCGCGUGGCGCGACGCGAUCGAGGCGGGUCUCGUGUACAAUGCCGUCGACGGCUGCAAGAGGCUCGCGAUCGGCGGCUCCGCCAUGGACGCAAAGUGGGCCACCGCCAAGAAGGAGCGAGCCGCUGCUAGCGUCUCGCCUCCGCCUCUGCAGGAGGGCGCACUCGUCAAGUUCGGCGGCGGCUUCUACGCGGGAAAGAUUGGCGCGGACAGCGCCUCUCCCGCCAGCUGGGCGACACCGCUGCUGCUCUCGCUCUACGCGCUGCUGGGCGGGCUCACGAAAUGAGCGUACUUCCGCCUCCCUUCCGUCUUCGAUGCGUGACGGGCGUGAGGCUGCGUCGCCCGGCGCCGCAACCACUUCGCUUCGCUCCGUCUCAACCUCAAUGAAUCUAGCCGUGCUGCGUGAUCCGUCGGUGGUUGCACGCGCCUCGCGGCCUCCACUCGCGACUCGGCUCGUCUCUUCGGCUCUCGACGUCUGAUCUCUCUCGUCUCUCUCGUCUCCUCUGCCCCUCCGCGUCUGGGUCCGUCUGCGUCUCCACUCUCUCUCUGCCUCUGCGGCCGCUUAUCGACGUCGUGACACACAUCCGCCGUCUCGGGUCUCUCGGGACUCGGCGUCGGUCCCGCGCAAUGUUCACGAGUUUUGGUUGUUCUGUUCACUCACAGGUAUUUAAACGGC